AUGAAGCUCAAUCAAGUCCUACCCUGGUGCCGAGAGAAGUUUCGAUACUACGUCGUUUUCACCACCUCCAUCUUCUUCAUCUUAGGCCUCAUAUUUAGCUACAAGUUAGUGGAGAAGACAUUUCUCAACAUCUUGAUGACGCGUCUCGCCGAAGCAUGGGAAGGGGAUAACUUCGAUCUCCGAACGGUUGUCAUAAUCGUCAAUUUACACGAAGGAACGGCCGCAGUUCUCGUACUGUUGUUCGUUUAUGCCGCCGAUGUUAUGCAUCACGGCCGCUUCAAGACGGUGGUUUUCUCCACCGCAGUUUGCAUCAUCGGGCUAAUGCUCAACAAACGGGCGGCCCGCGACGAUGAAACGCUCAGCAUGCGUUUAUUCUACCCAGCGCUGGGGCUAUUGGCUUUGGCGCUGGCGGCACAAAGAGUCAACCUUGAAGGGUUUCUUGACGAUCAGCUCAGGCCGAAGGGUCUUGAAGACGAUCGCAGAAAAAGACGAAGCAAAUUCUGGUGGACUUUGGUCUCCUUCGCGGCGGCCAUCUUUGCAGGGUUCGGGCCUUUACCACGACUUCACUUCGAGGACCUUGCAUUAACAUUAAUCUCUGUGAUGGGAUUUUGCUUCUUUGUCUUCUUGUUGGCUUUCAAACGCUACCACUUCGUCCCCGAGAUUGAAAACCCGUUUAAGGAUGUUGGAAUUGUCAUCCACGGAGCCAUCUCUAACCGAAAUAUCGAGUGGUUAGACAAAGCGGCGGCAGAAGGCAGUUGCAGUAGUGAACAAGUGAGAGGAGUGAAGCUUCUUUUCAAGAUGCUUCCAUUGUGGUGUUGUUUCCUCACUUUCAGCCUUGUUUCUGCUUCUGGAAGCACCUUCUUCUUCAAUGAGGCCAUGUACCUUACUACCGACCACAAUUACAUAAAUGCCAUUCUCUUAUUCUCCAACCUGUCGAGGCUCACGCAGUACGUGGUCUCUUACGCGUCCAGCUUCUUAAUCGGGAAACUCGAAGAUUGGAAGAAAUGCAACCGUCAAAAGAUGGAGCUCGUGAGAAUUGGCACUGGGAUGAUCUGUUGCUUGCUUUGCUGCAUCAUUGCUUCGGAGACUGCGAGACGCAGGCAGGACAUUGGUGAGUACGACUUCAGCAACGACAACAUGAGCACAUACUGGCUAACUCCACAAUACUUUUUACUAGGAAUGAUGUGGGGACUUUCCGAAGACGGGUUCGAAUCGUUCUACGAGUCUCAGGUUUCUGAAAACUUGUCGAAAUAUGGAGUGCCGUUCAUGGCACUUGCGAAUGGAGUUGGUAUAUUUGCGAGCAUACUUUGCAUUCUCGUCUUAAGAAGUCCGCCUUUCGAAUGGUUCAAGAAAGAGCUAUAUUACAGUAGCCUCGACAAGUAUUAUAUCUUCUUAGCAGUUUUGAGUGUUGUGAACCUUUUGGUGUAUUGUUGGGUUGCGUAUUCGUAUGGAGUCGUUGGGGACGCAAAGACGGAUCAGGUUAUUCCGGGGCAGUCCACGGAUACUCGGACUCACCCAGAGGAGGCAGGGCCAGGAAAUAUUGAGGGGGGCGGAGCAUAUGGAGAUCAUAUGAAAACUUGGGAAGAGAUAGUGGAUCAGAAAUAA